AAAUGGACGCUUAGGAUGCACCGACUAUCCAGAUGGGCCUAGGCUUUAUUUUAUAGAAUACAAGAUGAGGAUGCAAAAGGAAUGCUACUGAAUAAAUUUAACGCAACAACAGACUUUAAACAGUUAUCAGCUGUUGUGAACAGAGAAGACCUCCAACGCUGACACGUGACUAACCCUAUCCCUGCCUAUAAGCUGGAUGUGUUUCCCAAGGUCAAAUGUGAGACAUUCCUGGCAUCAAACCUGUCUACCCAGAGCGCAGUUGGCAUCGUUACCUGACAGGUCAAAACUCAGGUGGUUCAUCACUGGCUGAAGCUUCACUCGACUGUCUUGUGAUUAGUUGUCCGUUCUCAGGCAGAUUGCAUCCUUUGUAUAUACAGGUAUUCCCACAAUGAGCUGUAAAAUACAAUGCACUUUUCCCACGGCUCCUAAUGAUACAGGAUCUUUUUCUUUGUACCAGUAUUCUACCCAAAAACUAGUGGUUGCCUGUGCGUACAAUGAAAAACCUCGAUGCUCUAAAAAAACUGGCUUCAAUAUCACGCAUAACGGUUUUAACGAUGUCACCAUCACAGUUCCUGACACAUUUGCAGGGGAAGGUUCAUUUGAAUGUCAGAAAGGAGACACUGACAUCAUUAAAAAUUGCCCAUACCCCCCUCCAGAAAUCUCCAGUUAUAUUAGCAGCACCAAAUCUGGAAUUGGUCCUGGAACGACUACUAAAGGUAUUCGCUCCUCUUUAACCACUGAACAGUUCCGAAAUGAAGGAAUCAAUCCUUCAGUUCCUGUUGCUACAAUUGUAGUACCAAUCGUCGCCAUUUUGCUUAUCAUCAUCAUUGGCUUAGUGUGGCUCAGGAAACGCAGAUCUGAGGAUCAUAAAGGUUCCAAGCGAUCUUCAAUAUACAAAGGCUGUCCAUCAGUAAUGUUGGAAUCCGGGAUACCCUUUCUUGAAAAAGAAAACACAGGCAACCAUGUGGAACAAACGCAGAGUGGCCGUGCAUCGGUUAACUACAUGGACGCCAUUAUGCGAGUAAAUAACCCGACCAAACGGGAUAACGUACUGACCAUCAAUAAACAGACGGGACACGUCACCAAGGAGCACACAUCUACUGACAACCACAUCAGUGGCGGUUCUUCUGGGUUAAAAACGACGGAGUCUUCAUUCAGCAAGACAUCUUCAUCAGGGAGUGAUAGAUCAGACACGCUUCUUCUUUCAACUAAAUUCAACUGUUGAUCAGAGUUUAUUCCAUAAGUAAAUAUUUGAAAUCUUUAUUUUUAGCAGGAGAAGAACGAUUGUAAUGAUUGUUUAUCUGCCGCAUGUACCUAAACCUGACUUUAUCGCCAUGUGUGUGUACAGGAGAUAUUUCAGAAAAAGACUUCGUAAGGUGUCUCCCAUGCAAUCUCCCAUACAGACUUUUGACCAGAGGUAGGAGAGGGCAAUAUAUAAGUGACACUGGUGAGGAGGUUAAUCUGUAAAAACGUCUGAAUCGUCUGGUUUUCUGUGUGCUGCUGAUAAGAGAGCGAAUAAUGUCUCUGGGAUAAGAAUAUCUCAUGUCUUCUGGGUCAAGUAUGUUCGUAUUAUUGUCAUGGUAAAAUAUACAAAGGUACAUCCUUUGAAAAGCCUUUAUAAAAGAUUUAGAAUGUUGCAUCACAUCUUAUGUGUACUAGGCAUUCGCUGGAAUCCGUGGAUAGACUUCGUGUUCUCCAUUCUGACAUCCAACUGGUGCAUCCUUUGUUUAUAAAAAUACUAGGCCUUCGACUGAUUUAGCCCAUUACUAUUAAGUUUGUCUACUUUUGUCUUACUCCGAUUGUUUUUCAUAUGGUUUUGCACGUGACAGUGAUAUCAAGAUGGUGACAUCACAUUCUGAAUGAAAGGCGAAUUUGGUUGAUAAACAGUAGGUACAGCAGAAUUAUGCCGUGCAAGAAGAUGAAGAUAAACUGAGGACUGGUACAUUUUGUAGAUAUGAACAACAUUGUUUAAUCUUUUAAAAUGUUUGACAUAAUUACAAUUUUUUUUAUUAAACAAUACAUAUACAAAACAUAACAAAAACUACCGCACACAUCAAUUUACAUAAAUAGAUCAACAAACAUAUCUCUGACAAUCUACACAAAUAUUUCCUCCAUCUCAUCAUGCCCUACCCUAUGAAAGGACCAGCUGACGCUAGUAACAGCAUAGGUUGUAGUGGUUUGUCUUUAACUUUUAGUUGAUACCCAUAGCUUUCAACAUACAUCAAUACACAUAUUUCAGGCUGUUCGCACAUUUCAACUGUACACUGAACUUAUACUUAUCUAUAAACUUAUGACAUUAGCUACAUCUGAGGAAUAGCUCACCCAUAUAUUAUCUUCACAUAUACAAAUACCAAAUCGGGGGAGGAAAACAUUUCUAUUCACAAACAUUUUCAAGUAGGUAUCCAGGUACAGUGGAACCUCGGUUAGCGAACGCCUCGGAUAGCGAAUUUUUCGGUUAACGAACAAAAAUUUCGCUAAAAAUUUGUCUCGGAUAGCGAACAA